AUGACCCCCAUUAGGAUGGUAUUCCCUAUCAGGAGAGCAUUCACUUGCAACGUCUGUCCUCCAACGACCCUAGAGAAGUCUGCUAUUUCAUGUUCGUCGCAACCAGACAUGAUUUGCCUGAACAUGAGUACACACAAGAAGAAAAUUAACAAGAUCAGCAUUAGGCGGGCCAUCAAGGGGGCCAAUGACGAGGCCGCCGUGAGGGCGCUGCUCAACGACGAAGAGAGGGGCCUCCUGGUGCGAGGGUGGGCGCCGCAGGUGGCCAUCUUGUCGCAGCCGGCGGUGGGCGGUUUCCUGACGCACUGCGACUGGAACGCGGCGCUGGAGGACGUCACCCACGGCCUGCAGACGCUAACAUGGCCGUGCUUCACCGACCAGUUCUGCAACGAGAAGCUGCUGGUGGACGAGCUCGGCGUCGGCGUCAGGUCCGGCGCCAAGGUCCCCGCCAUGUACCUCCCCGAGGAGGCCGAGGGGGUGCAGGUGACGCGCAGCGACGUGGAGAGGGCCAUCACCGAGCUGAUGGAGGGGGCGGCGGAACGGAGGUCCAGGGCGAGGGAGAUCGCCGCGGAGGCGCGAGCGGCAAUGGAGGAAGGCGGUUCGUCCUACUCCGACCUGCCAUACAUGAUCUGCCACAUCUCGGAGCUGUCGAGGAAGAGGAGCCACGAGGGGGAGGCGGCACGAGCUCAACCACCCAUGGUGCUGCACUGUCGCUACAGUCCUAAGCUGUAG